AGGCCCAUGUGACCAGUCCCUAAAAUGCUUAAGCUCCAAGAUUUCUGAGCGAAAGCUGCAAGGCUCCUGGCUGCCUUCCGGGCGAGGGCCUCUGGAGAAACCAGGCCUGGGGACCCGUGGUGUCGUCAUGCCUAUGUUCAGUCCUCAGAGUGGUCUUCACUCAGUCCGUGCUGAGCACAGCCCGCUGAAGCCCAGGGUGGUGACGGUGGUGAAGCUGGGUGGACAGCCCCUCCGCAAGGCCACCCUGCUCCUCAACAGGCGGUCGGUGCAGACCUUUGAGCAGCUCCUAGCAGACAUCUCUGAAGCCUUGGGCAUCCCGCGAUGGAAGAAUGACCGUGUGCGGAAGCUGUUCACCCUCAAGGGCAAGGAAGUCAAGAGUGUGUCUGACUUCUUCAGGGAGGGUGAUGCCUUCAUAGCUGUGGGCAGAGAGCCUCUAACACUGAAGAGCAUCCAGUUGGCUAUGGAGGAGCUGUAUCCCAAGAACCGGGCACUUGCCCUGGCCCCACACAGCAGAGCCCCCUCCCCAAGGCUGAGGAGCAGACUUCCCAGUAAACUUCUGAAAGGAGGCCACCGCUGUGGGGAGGUGGGAAGCUGUGGUGAGGUUAUAAGGAGCAGAGCAAUCACCAGGCCCCAGGGCAAGACCUCUGCAGAGCUGGCCCUGGAAGACAAGGUGAGGGUCCAGAAGAAGUGGGUUAGAGCCAAUCAGGAGUCAGAACCUGGUGCCUUGCCACCACCAAGGGAAGCCACUCGGGAGGAGACCCAUGCAAGUGGGGAGAAGCGCCUCGGGGUGGAGAUUGAAAAGACCUCCGGGGAGAUAGUCAGGGGUGAAAAGUGUAAGCGGGAAAGGGAGCUGCAGCUGGGCCUCCAGAGGGAGCGGUGUCCUCUGGGGAUCAGUGAGCUGGACCUGGGGAGGGGUCAGAAGUGGGAUUCAGAGAAGCUGGUAAGGACCAAGAGCUGCCGGAGGCCUUCUGAGGCAAACUCUACGGAUGGAGAGGAAGGCUGGAAGGCUGACAGCCAUCGCAGCGGCCCCAGGAAUCCCACUCAGGAGCUGAGGAGACCCAGCCACAACUCAGACAAGAAAGAGAACAGAGGCCCGGAGCCUCAGGAAAGUCACCCCCAAGGAGCGGCCAAGCCCCAGAAGGACCUCGCGGAAGGUCCACCAGCUGUACAGGAGGGGCUGGUCGAUGCGAGGAAAGACACCAGGCACACGUGCAGGAACAAGCAUGGAGCCUGGCUCCUGAGAGAGCGCCAGGCCGAUCCCCCGCAGCUCCCCAGGACCCGAGGGGAGGAGAAGGAGGCAGAGCACGAGAAGAAGCCUGGCGGGUCAGGAGGAAGGAGGAUGGGGGUAGAAAGGGAGCCUAAGACGAAGCUGGAAGAGAGCAAGUCAGAACGGCCACUGGGCCGGAAGCUGCGGCCGCAGGGCAUCAUCUCAGCUGAUGUGGGGAAGCAGUAUGAAAUCGGCCGCGUCAUUGGGGACGGGAACUUUGCCGUCGUGAAAGAGUGCAAGCACCUCGAGACCAAGCAGGCCUUCGCCAUGAAGAUUAUUGACAAGUCCAAGCUGAAGGGUAAGGAGGACAUAGUCGACAGCGAGAUUUUAAUCAUUCAGAGUCUCUGUCAUCCCAACAUAGUGAAACUGCACGAGGUGUAUGAAACCGAAGCAGAGAUCUACCUGAUCAUGGAGUACGUUCAGGGAGGGGACCUCUUUGAUGCCAUCAUCGAGAGUGUGAAGUUUCCAGAGCCUGAUGCUGCACUCAUGAUCACAGACUUGUGCAAGGCCCUCGUCCAUAUGCACGACAAGAAGAUCGUCCACAGGGAUCUGAAACCGGAAAACCUUCUGGUUCAGCGAAAUGAAGACAAGUCUACCACCUUGAAGCUGGCUGACUUUGGCCUGGCCAAACAUGUGGUGAGGCCUAUAUUUACCGUGUGUGGGACGCCUACAUAUGUAGCUCCUGAAAUUCUUUCUGAGAAAGGUUAUGGUCUGGAGGUGGACAUGUGGGCUGCAGGUGUGAUCCUCUACAUCCUCUUGUGUGGCUUCCCCCCUUUCAGAAGUCCUGACAGGGACCAGGAUGAGCUCUUCAACAUCAUCCAACUGGGCCAGUUCGAGUUCCUGGCCCCAUACUGGGACAACAUCUCUGAUGCUGCCAAAGAUCUGGUGAGACAUUUGCUAGUGGUGGACCCCAAGAAGCGGUACACAGCCCGCCAGGUUCUUCAGCAUCCCUGGAUUGAGAUGGCUGGACAUCCCAGCACAGUGAACUCACAGAAGGACAAAUCGCCCAGCAGUGAGGGGCUGUGCAACAGCCAGCACAAGAAGGUUGCAGAGGAGGUGUCUUAAUUCUGUCUGUGUGGUCUAGCCAGCCCGCUCUCCCUGAGGACACAGAAAAGGUAGAAAUCUGCAAGAAGACUGUGCAAGGCGCUUCUCCACAGACCAGAGAAAGAGAAGAGACACCUGGCGCAUUUUAAAGAGUGUUUGAAAACGCAGGUCCUCGUGUUAAAUGCUCUAUACUUUUAGAUUUGUGUAUCUAAA